AUGAUGUUGGGCAAGCACAACCUGCCUUUCAUGAGCCCGUGCUGGCCGGGCCCGAUCCCCUGGAUGUCAUGCACGUGCCGUGUGAUGUGUACGGAGAUGAUUUGCUCCGUAACUUUCCCUGGUACCGAGGUCAGGGAAGAGACAGGAGAGAGGAGAGUGGAGGAGUGCAGUGAUGCGGCUGUGCUUGUGACAGCAGCAGACGCGUCACAGCGGGGGGGCGGGGCGUUGUCAGGAGGCUGUCAGAGUAGAGGCAGCGCUGCGGCACUUUGGCCUAGGCCUUCGAUAGCGCAACGUACGCUGGCCGCUGGCGACAGCGACCAGCAAAGUUCCAGCAGCGAGGAGGAGGAGGAGGAGGAGGAGGAGGACGAGGAAGAGGAAGAGGAAGAGGACAGUGACUUGGACGAGACACGCGACGUAGGCAGAGUUUGGGCCGACAGCACCCAGUGGCCAGCGCCACACGCGGCCGGCAAGUGCCAGCUGGUGGAGGAGCUGGUGGACGACCUUCUUCGUGCCUGCCGAGGAAAAACGUGCCACAGCUUCGUGCCCCGGCUGCAGCCGGCCAUCGGGGUGGCCUGCGUCUGUGAAGGAUGGAGUGCCCAGGAAGACAACGUCAUCUACCGCCUGCUCGUGCCCAUGAGAGCUCCCCCUGGGCACGCCUUCCGUGUGGAGCUGGGCAACCCAAAGGGGGCAUCAAAAAGGAAGUCCUGUCUGCGUGUGGAGCUGGAGUGCAUGUGUGCGAGGGAGCGGCUGCUGGGGGACAUGCUCUGCUUUCUCCACCACACUCGGAGGGAGCUGAGAGAAAACCAGGAAGCCAGCCUCCUCAACACCUUGUGCAGGGCCUCCUACCUGGACGUGCAGAAAACCACGCGCUGGUUCCAGCAGCGGGUGAAAGCAGCCUGGAAAUGUCUGCCUCAGUCGCGUGACUGGGGCCUGGAGCUGGUGCCCUCCGACCACUCCUGCAAGAUCAAGCUGACCCCCCCCUCCAAGAGCACCUUCACCAUCGAGAUGACUCUUGGGGUGCAGCUUGAUGAAUCGGGCACGUUCCUGAGCUUUGACUAGGCUCAGACUAUGCUUCCGUCUUCUUCUCUGUUUCUGUCUUUCCAAGUAUGUCCUUCUCUCUCUUAAAUAAAACUAAUAGUAGUAUUAACCAUACCAGCGCUCCUCUCGUUCUUCCCGCUGAGCACCGAUGCUGAGCACGUAGGGAUGUGCUGUGAGAAGAGAGGAGCACACAAAAGCGUGGCACUGACCUGUACCAUGCAGGACUUAAGCUCUUCUGCCUACGCAGGUAAACCCACUAUGAGGGGACCUGCUGAAAACUCAAUUAUCCCAGUUCCUGCAUCAUCACAGAGCAUCGCCGUGUCUUAUUCAAGCCGCCGGACCUUCCUCUGUGCUUGGCGUAAGGCAGAUGGCUGUGUCAGCAUCAGGGAAGGGAGAUCUGGUACCUCAGCAAGCAGGGAGAAAAUAUGAUCAAACAGCUUGUGGGUUGAGACAGGGACAGGGACAUCUCUCACCAGCUACCAUCCCAGCUUUUGGAAGACAAAGUCAAUUUAUUGCCAGUUAAUGACAGGGUUGAACAGUGAAAACAAAGCAAAUCU